CGAUGCUGUUUCCAUGGUGAUGAAGCUGCGCGCUCUAGCAACUCGUUAGCAGUUGUCAUUUGCAGGUUCUUGUAAAUGUCUUAAUCAAUGACUUGACAUAAAAAAUGAGAUGUCUUCCACGGGGUCCCAGCCCUCUGAGCCCCAGAGCUAUAGGCUUUCCAUCAAUAGUGGCACUAACGUUUUACGAUACCAUUACACAGCGAAAGAUAGAACAGCAACAGCGGCAGGAACUGGAACCGCUGAUCCCCAUGAUGGCCCUCUUCCGUUGAGAUUCAACAGUGUGACACUGGAGGAGCUGAGUGAUGAGCUUGAUCGCCGCACCAAAGAAACCCAGAGACUACAAGAAGAGGUGGAAAAUGCAACUAAGGUGGUUCUGGAGAGAUUUGGCGGCAGCUGUAGGUCACCUGGACAAAGCUGCCAUGAUAUUAAACCUCAUAUCUAUGACUCUCCUGGAGAUUCCUCCUUUCUUCCAACCCACCAGCAGGCAGUGACUCAGCCUUUGGUCUUUGGUCUGGAUAUUUUAAACCAGGAAGUAGCCCAAAGGGACAUCAGCUCUCCUGGAAAGCAGGUGUUAGAAAAUGCAAUGGAUGACUGCCUUCAGCAGCUGUCAGACUUGCAGCUCAACAAGACAGUUAAUCAAGCUGAACAAGAAACAUGCUGUCCUCGGAAAGCCAUCACAAACCUGAAAACUGAGCUGCAUAAAGUCCAGAUGGAGAAUGAUGCCCUGUCUGACCUGAGAUUAAAGGAUUCGAGGAAACACGUUGAUCAGAUGGAAAAGAUGCUGUGCUUGUUGGAAGAGCUUCAGAAACUCAAAAGGUCGAGGGACAAGAAGCUGCAGGAGAUGGAGAAUGAGGCGGUCGCGCUUAAUAGGAAAGUUGAAACAUUGGAGCAGACCAUAAAGGAGGUGUAUCAUACAUUGGAUGGGAAACAAUCUGAGCACUCAGUUACCAGCACUAAACAUGAGAAUCGCAAAACGCAGCAAUUUAUUCCUAAUAAGGCAAAUGUGGAUCUCAAUGACAAGCUACAGGGGAGGCCUUUUUUGUCAGAAGAACAGAUGGGGAACAAGGAAUACAGUGGAGCAAUUGAACAAGAAAGACUGGAACACCUCAUUUCAACUCUUGGCCAGGAGAUGGCGAUGUUGACUGAUAUACUGAGCUCAUCGAAAGACAACAGCUUCAACUUGUGUGCCAAAGUGGAAUUGCUCAAAAAACUCACCGUGAGACCGCCCUCACUGCACGAGUAUCAGGCCAGAGAAUUGGAGUCAACCUAUUCCAGCCUUAAAGAUAAGGUUUGUGGUCUGGAGCAGCAGCUAAGUGAGGCUCAGACGCAGCUCUUGAGUGCUCAGCAAGAAAAAGACAAAUCAUUGCAACAGGCAAUGGAACUUCAUUCUCAGCUUAAACAACAUAAGGUGGGAGUGGUCAAAGACAAUUAG